AGGGUGAAAGGUCAGCGCGCCGGCGGCACUCCCAACAUGGCGGCGGCCCGGGCUGUGGCGCGAGGUCCCGGAGCUGAAGCUCGGCGGCCGCCCACUCUUCGGCGCUCACGGCUGCCGCGGCUGCUCCUGCUGCUGGCGGCGGCGGCGGCGGCGGGACCCCGGGAGGGCGUCGCGUCGCGCCUGUACCGCGAGGGCGAGGACGCCGUGUGGUUGCUGGACAGCGGCAGCGUGCGCUCGGCCACGGGCAACAGCUCAGCCGCGUGGCUGGUGCAGUUCCACUCGUCGUGGUGCGGCCACUGCAUCGGCUACGCACCCACCUGGCGAGCGCUGGCGGCGGACGUGCGAGACUGGGCUGCUGCCAUCCGUGUUGCCGCUCUGGACUGUGCAGAAGAGAAGAACCAGGAGGCGUGCCGCACGUAUGACAUCCACUUCUACCCCACCUUCAGGUAUUUUAAAGCAUUUACAAAGGAGUUUACAACUGGAGAAAAUUUUAAAGGAACUGACAGGGAGCUGCAGACAGUCAGGCAGACGAUGAUCGACUUCCUCCAGAACCACACGGAGGGCACCCGGCCUCCUGCAUGCCCACCCCUGGACCCUGUUCAGCCCAGUGACAUCCUUUCCCUCAUGGACGGACACAGUGCCCAAUAUCACGCUAUUGUGUUUGAAAGCAAUGGUUCUUAUGUUGGGCGAGAGGUGAUCUUAGAUUUGAUUCCAUAUGACAACAUCAUGGUGAGCCGAGCGCUGGAUGGGGACAAAGCAUUUCUGGGGACACUUGGCAUCUCUUCAGUUCCUUCCUGCUACUUGAUUUACCCAAAUGGCUCUCGUGGACUGAUUAACGUCGCAAAGCCUCUACGAUCAUUUUUCUCAUCUUAUUUAAAAUCCUUACCGGAUGUGAAGAAAAAGUCACUUUCCUUGCCUGAAAAGCCCAACAAGGAAGAAGAAAAGGUGGUGAUUUGGAGAGAGUUUGACAGGGCCAAGCUGUACAGCGCAGACCUGGAGUCGGGACUUCACUGCCUGCUGAGAGUGGAGCUGGCUGCCCACAGGUCCCUGGCUGGAGCUCAGUUACAGACGUUCAAGGACUUCGUGACUCUCGUUGCCAAGCUGUUCCCUGGCCGUCCACCAGUCAAGAAGCUGUUGGAGACGCUGCAAGAGUGGCUGGCAAACCUCCCCCUGGACAAGAUUCCAUACAAUGCCAUUCUAGACCUAGUCAACAACAAAAUGCGGAUUUCUGGAAUCUUUCUUACCAGCCACAUAAAGUGGGUGGGAUGUCAAGGAAGCCGAUUGGAGUUGAGGGGCUACCCAUGCUCCCUCUGGAAACUGUUUCACACUCUGACGGUUCAGGCCUCCACCCAUCCAGAAGCACUGGUUGGCACAGCUUUUGAAGAUGACCCCCAGGCUGUGUUGCAGACCAUAAGGAGAUACAUUCACACAUUCUUUGGGUGUAAAGAAUGUGGUGAACAUUUUGAGGAAAUGGCUAAAGAGUCCAUGGAUUCUGUGAAAACUGCAGACCAGGCUGUCCUCUGGCUUUGGAGGAAACACAACGUGGUGAACAGCCGCCUGGCAGGCCAUCUGAGUGAGGAUCCCAGAUUCCCAAAGCUUCCAUGGCCCACUCCAGACCUCUGUCCAGCCUGCCAUGAGGAGAUCAAAGGCCUGGACAGCUGGAACGAGGGCCAGGUGCUCGUGUUCCUGAAGCAGCACUACAGCAGGAACAACCUGGUGGACACACACUCAGAUCAGCAGGCCAGUCCUGGGGCCUGGGGACAGCAGGACACUGACAGUCUCCGUCCACCACAUAUGCUGGGCCCCAGAACUGACCUUGCCAAGAACCUGCACCACAGGCUGGACCUGAGACUCCAGAGCCCCCAGGGGCCCCAGGCACUUGAGGAGGCCAAGGUAGCUGUGCCCUUUCUCGGGGUCGGCUUCUCCAGUCUGGACAUGAGCCUCUGCGUGGUGCUCUACGUGGCCUCCUCCUUGUUCCUGAUGAUCAUGUACUUCUUCUUCAGAGUGCGGUCUAAGCGAUGGAAAGUUCGGCUUUACCACCCAGCUGUGUAGAGCGCCCAGGGCAG